AUGUUGCUACGAACAAUCACGCUGGCGGCGGGCUUCUUGGCCCUCCCGGCGACUCAAGCUUUCCUACUCCCGCCCGAAGUCAGGCCCGUGGAUAUCCAAGUUCACAAGGCUUUCGGCCCUGAUAUGUCCGAUGUCCAAGUGGUUAACGUCGAAUGCCCCAGCUGCCCCGUCGUGGAGAAGAGCAAGCACGGCAAUAGCAUCAAGGUGAAGACCCACCGGCCGAACCACCUCGGACUCGGCUUCUACAUUGAUAAUCGCGGGAGGGACCGCCUUAUGGUCAACAAUUUCGAGCUGUAUCCGUCAGCCGAUCCUCUGCACAGUUUCGUUGCCCUGCAGGUUCUCGACGCGAAGAAGGAGCAUCACGAUGGCAGCAGAAAAGCCGAGCCACAGCAGCUUGGCUACACCCUGCAGGCGUCGACCACAAUGAGAGACGCCGACGGCGGACUUGAGCUUGUCGAGCUCAACCUGCAGAUCCUCGAGGUUGGCUACACCUUUGUCAGCGGCAUACCCAACGUCAAGAUUAUGCUUGUCAAGGACCGCAACAAUCGCCUAGCUAUCGCGCACAUCGAGAAGACCCCGUCGACGUUACCGCUAGGACCAGAGACGGAGCGCCCGCAAGGGUGCGACACAAUUCUGUGCAAGCUCAUGGCUGCCGCCAAGGAGCAGGUUGGGAAGCUGAAGACGUUCCGGCCCUGCCGCGGCGGACACAUGAAGGGCGGCAUGCGACCCCAUCGCUACCAUCCCCGCCCCCGCCCUCACCCGCAUCACCAUCACGGUUCCGCUGGCGGCGGCCACUGGCGCGCCGAGUAUCGUCACCAUAGCUGGGGCCAGCUGUUCAAGAACGUAGGCUCGCAUAUCGUUCUCCCGAUCCUUGUUGGCAUCAUUGCCGGCGUGACUAUCAGCUUGAUUGGAAUGGCGGUCGGCACCAUGAUUGUUUCUCUGUGGCGCCUAUUCUUCCGCCGUCGCGGCCAUCGCCAUCAUCAUCACCAUCACCACGCCGGACGGGCUCAUCACAAAGCGCCACAGAAGGAGGCGUUGGCCGAUGAGGAGAAGUCAGGCUUGAUGGAGCACCAGGACCCGCCUCCGUCGUACGAGGAGGAAGAGGUAGCCAAGACUGCAGAAGUCUAG